AUGUCUGGCCAUGGAAAGAAACAAACAGUGACUGGCAAACCUAGCAAGGACAAAGAAGCGACUGGGAAAUCGAGAAGAAGGAAAUCGGCCAAGGCAGGUCUGCAGUUUCCUGUGGGUCGUGUCCAUAGAUUCCUCAGGAGAAGGAAGUAUGGUGAUAGGAUUAGUGCUGGUGCUGCUGUCUACCUGGCUGCUGUGCUGGAGUACAUGACUGCAGAGAUCCUGGAGGCGGCAGGGGAUGCUGCCCAUCAGAACAAGAAAACCAGGAUCUCACCCAGGCACAUCCAGCUGGCUGUGAGAAGUGAUGAAGAGCUGAAUAAGGUCUUUGCUCGUGUGAUCAUCCCUCAAGGAGGCGUUAUACCAAAUAUUCAAACCCAGCUCAUUCCAGAAAAAUCUAGCAGAAAUGUUCCUCCUCCUUCUCAGGAAAAAGGUGAUAGCCAGUGA